AUGGCGAACCCGGCCGGAGUCGACCUUCGCAUGGCCGCCGCCAUGCUCGGACGACGACACGCCAUCGACCUCGCCAACCGACGCCGCCUCCGUGUCCGGGCCCAGCUGAUCACCAACGCCGCCGUCUUCCUCGUCUCCACAGCCGGGUCCAUCGUCAUCUACUACGGCGCCCCCAGCCCCUCUGGCGGUGGUAGUCGUACUCGUACCGGCGACGAGCCGGCGUACGCGCUCCUCGCGUUCCUGCUCUCCCUCCUCGGCAUAUGGCUCGUCCUGCUGGCUCUCGUCGCCGACCGCUUCCCUGCAGCGGCUACUCUCGGCGAGGCUAUCGCCAUGGCGCUGCGUGGCUACUUCGUCUUUGACGGCGGUAGAAAUGACUAA